AUGUGAUCAGCUGUGUCCAAUCACAGCUGAUCACUGAUGAUCAAUGUAGCCCCAGCAGUGCCACCUGUCAGUGUCUGCCAGUGCCCAUCAGUGCCACAUAGUGCCUACCAGUGCACAUCAAUGCCACAUAUCAGUGCCCAUCUGAGCUGCCUUUCAGUGUCACCCAUCAGUGCCAGUCAAUGCCAAUCAGUGCCAGUCAGUGCCGCCUAACAGCGCCAGUCAGUGCCGCCUAACAGCGCUGCCUAUCAGUGCUGCCUAUCAGCGCCCAUCAGUGAUGCCUGUCAAUGCCCAUCAGUGCCACCU